AUGAACGGAAACCCUAUGAUACUACAGCCAGAUGGCAUAUCUUCAAUUAUCGAUUUUGGCUCAAUUGGAUUGAUAUGCCAAGUCUCCGUGCACGAAGCACAAUUCUCCAAAGCCCCGAAGCGACACGGUGUCCACGGAUGCAGUGAACAGAUAGUUCAAGACACACUCCACGGAGAAGCCUCCUCACAUGCAUGCAUCGACUGGGAAAAGGCGAUCUACGAAUCGCUCCCGAAACAUCCGAAUAUCCUAGAUUGCCUCUCAAUUGACCAUAAUGACCCGACAGCCCGUGAAAACCAGCAUCGACAACGCUGGAUCCAGACAGCCGUAGGGUCUGUGUCUCUUGUUCACCAAUAUAGUAGUGUGCAUGCCGAUAUUCGCGCCCGAAGCUUUCUUGCGGCGGAUGACAUGUUUUUUUUAAACUAUGCGAUUUCUCUGGCUCUGGACUUGGUGACCAAUCUUCCCUCGUCUCGGAGGAAGGCCACUGUACCCUUUCUUUUGGGUUAA